UUGUGUCGGUGGGGGGCGGCGGCGGCCACUGCGCAUGCCCGGUCCUGGGCGCCGGCGGAGGGGAGGGCAGGGGGCUGCGCCGGGCGCCCGGCCCCUCCCGGGGGGGUCGCAGCCGUCCCGGCUUUGUCCCCUCUCGCUCCGGUGCAGCGGGGACCGCCUGCACCGUCCAGCGAGUCGGGGGCGCGGGAGGAUGCUGGCGGCUCCGAGCUGCUAAUGAUGCAAGGAUGAAGUGUAGAAGCAACCUUGAGUCUUAAGUGAUAGACUCGAAACUUGGAUGUUCCAGCUGAUCCUUCAGUACAAUGCCUUGAUCCUUCAGUCCAGUGCCUCUCAGAACGCUCAGGAAAGAGUGCAGAAGCAUUUAGUCUUUCUUCUCUCGCAGAUGUCUUAACUUGUGGCCCACCGACUGGAUCUGACUCAGCAGAAGAAUUCAUCUAGCAUCCAGUGAGGGGAUGUAUGUGUUUCAGUCAUAUGCUGGAGCCCGAGUCAUUUCAUAGGAGCAUGUUUGGGAUGUAUGGCCCACAAGUACUUCAGGAGAGUCUUUAUGGCCAACUGUUGCUGAAAGGCGAGGCAUCACUAUAGCAGAAAGGGAAAAACGGACUGAAUGAUCAUGGAUUUUCCAGGACACUUUGAGCAAAUCUUUCAGCAGCUGAACUACCAGAGGCUUCAUGGCCAACUUUGUGACUGUGUGAUUGUUGUGGGAAACAGGCAUUUCAAAGCCCAUCGUUCAGUUCUGGCAGCAUGUAGCACACAUUUCCGAGCUCUCUUUACUGUUGCAGAAGGAGAUCAAACUAUGAACAUGAUUCAGCUGGACAGUGAAGUGGUGACAGCAGAAGCUUUUGCUGCCCUGAUUGACAUGAUGUACACUUCCACAUUAAUGCUUGGAGAAAGCAAUGUUAUGGAUGUCUUGCUGGCUGCUUCUCACUUACAUUUGAACUCUGUUGUUAAAGCGUGUAAACACUACCUUACUACCAGGACACUGCCGAUGUCUCCACCUAGUGAUAGAGUUCAAGAGCAAAAUGCGCGCAUGCAAAGAUCUUUCAUGCUUCAGCAGCUUGGAUUAAGCAUCGUGAGCUCUGCGUUAAAUUCCACUCAGAGCACAGAGGAACAACCAAAUACUAUGAGCUCAUCAAUGAGAAGUAAUAUAGAGCAGCGCACUACUUUUCCUAUCCGGCGUCUCCACAAGCGUAAACAGUCUUCUGAAGAUCGGGCCAGACAGCGAAUCAGACCUACCAUAGAGGAGUCCGUUUCAGAUGUUACUCCAGAGAGUGGGCAGUCAGUAGUUCAUUCGCGGGAAGAUUUCUUUUCGCCAGACUCACUGAAGAUUGUGGACAAUUCUAAGGCUGAUGCUGUUACAGAUAAUCAGGAGGAUAAUACUAUUAUGUUUGAUCAGUCUUUCAGUGCUCAGGAAGAUGCUCAAGUGCCCAGCCAGUCUGACAACAGUGGAGCAAACAUUUCACAGAUGUCCAUGGCAUCCCAGGCAACACAGGUGGAAACCAGCUUUGACCAGGACACUACUUCUGAGAAGAACAACUUCCCAUGUGAGAAUCCAGAGGUCAGUCUGAAUGAAAAAGAACAUAUGAGGGUGGUGGUUAAAUCUGAGCCCUUGAGUUCCCCAGAGCCUCAAGAUGAAGUGAGUGAUGUCACUUCCCAAGCAGAAGGCAGUGAGUCUGUUGAAGUGGAAGGAGUAGUGAGUGCAGAGAAGAUAGAGCUGAGUCCUGAAAGCAGUGAUCGUAGCUUUUCAGAUCCUCAGUCCAGUACUGAUAGGGUGGGAGACAUCCAUAUUAUGGAAGUGUCAAAUAACCUGGAACACAAGUCCACUUUCAGUAUCUCCAAUUUUCUGAAUAAAAGCAGAGGUGGCAGCUUUGGUGCUAGUCAAAAUAAUGAUGACAACAUUCCAAAUACAACAAGUGACUGCAGAAUGGACAGUGAUGCCUCUUACCUAAUGAGUCCAGAAUCUGGGCCUGCAAGUGGUCAUUCAUCUGUGACAGUCUCUCAUGUAGAGAAUCCAUUCAGUGAGCCUGCGGACUCCCACUUUGUUAGACCAAUGCAGGAUGUAAUGGGUCUUCCCUGUGUACAGACUUCUGGAUACCGGGCUGCAGAACAGUUUGGUAUGGAUUUUCCAAGGUCGGGCUUGGGCCUGCAUUCUCUGUCAAGGGCAAUGAUGGGCUCUGUAAGAGGUGGAGCUAGUAGCUUUCCUGGCUACCGUCGCAUAGCCCCCAAAAUGCCUGUUGUGACCUCUGUCAGGAGCUCCCAGCUGCAAGAUAACUCGUCCAGUUCCCAGCUGAUAAUGAAUGGGACCACUUCUUUUGAAAACGGGCAUCCUUCGCAACCUGGUCCUCCACAGUUGACAAGGGCAUCUGCAGAUGUCCUCUCAAAAUGUAAGAAGGCCUUAUCUGAGCACAAUGUCUUGGUUGUAGAAGGUGCUCGCAAAUAUGCAUGUAAGAUCUGCUGUAAGACUUUUUUGACAUUAACAGACUGUAAGAAACACAUCCGUGUACACACAGGAGAAAAGCCUUAUGCCUGUUUAAAGUGUGGCAAACGGUUCAGCCAGUCCAGCCAUCUGUAUAAACAUUCCAAAACAACCUGCCUGAGGUGGCAGAGCAGUAAUCUACCUAGCACUUUGCUUUAAUCUUUUCCACCCCCUAGCCUGAAUGAGAAUGCCAGUACAAACUUUUAAGUCUCUGAAGUAUUUCAGGAACACUAACACUAUUUUGUUCAAGGCUGCAGGUUAAGAAGCUGCCCUGGUAGAUCAGUGAAUGUUUAAGUGUGAUUGUGCCACACACAUGAAAGGUUCUGUAAAUUGGGGAUAAUACCAUACCUACCUCACAGGGGUGUUGUGAGGCUUAGACAACUGUUAGUGAAGUGCUUUGAGAUCCUCGGAAGGUGGCAGUGUUUCUAUGUUAAGCAUUGUUAUUAUUACGUACAUGCAGGCCUUGGGCUCACAGGGAUAUAAUCCCUAAAACUAGGUAGUUCCUUUGCAGAGCAGAGGGGUGGGGGUUGAGUGAGAACGUAGUUGUCUCCUGAUUAUGUUUAAGUAGUACAUUUCAAGAAUGAGAAACUUAAGUGCAAAUUUCCUCUUUUUUUUUAAGGUAUUUUGUAAAAGUGAAAGCAUUUAAAUAAAUGACUUGUAAAAUAAGUUGAUGAAUUGUAUAUGAAAAAUAAUUCAAAGAGCUCUUUGUGUAUGAAAAAAUGCAAAUUGCAUAUCUUUAAAAGAAAAACAACUUUGGAUGCACCUGUCUGCCAUAAAAUGCUUUAAAACAUGUUAAUUAUAAAAAUAGUUUUAGAGUUUUGAAUGUAUGUUUGGCUGUUUUGUAGUAAAGAACACUAUGUAAUGAAGGUGCUUAAAUUAAAUGCAAGACAGUAACUUUUGGUCUGCCAGAUGUAGAUAUACUUCGAAUACAGCAAGAUCUGGGUGUUUCAACAAUUUUUUUCUGUAGAAACUUGUAUUAAGUGAUAAGUGAAGUACUGUUUCUUGUUUGUGCUAUUCUUAGCAGUAUUUUAAUCAACUUGUAUUUCAUAUGUUAAAAUUCCAUGUACACAGAAGUCUGAAAAGAGCUUGUCUUUGCCUGCUUUGUUAGUCUGAAUGAGAGAGAGAAUUUGUGAUGGCUUUUUCUACUGUGUAAGAUAGUGUCUUGCUGUUUCCAGAUGCUGAUCCAUGUUAUUGCAUCAGCAUACUAUCCUUUUCUGAUAUUCUUAUCUUCAGGCUUUAAUUUCCUUCUCCAUAUACUUACUUUCCUUUCCAACUAUGGAUUUUUUCUCAGAGCAAAGCAGUAAGGAAUGAUCCUCAUUUGCCAUAUUUAUUUAUGUUGCUGUAUAAUGUAGUUAUCAUAUCCAGGCCUUCAGUUUAAAGUAGUGUCAUAACAGUAUUUUUCCACAUAGAAGACUAGUAUAAAUUUAAUUUAAAAAAAUAGUACUGUACACCUUGUGAAGUAAUUUGUGAUCAUUAUUCUUCAAGUGAAUCACAUAAAUCUUGUUUUUAAUUUCCUCUUCUUUGAUACGACUGUAACUAAUACUGUUUGCAGUCUUUUUGUUUGUUUGUUUGUUUGUUUGUUUGUUUGUUAAAGGUGCACAUGAACUUUACUAGCUUUUGGCAUGUUGGGUUUCUAAAUAACAUUUGGGAGCACUUCUACUGAUAAAUCUUACUCUACUAUAUAAGAGAUGGGUCAGGAUUUCAGCAUGUCUGUUCUACUCAGGAGAGACAGAUAAUCAACAUUUCCUGUGUCUAAAUCACACAGCAAAUGCUUCUUUGGAAACUUUCUCCUCUUUAUCUGUAUAGCAAAUGUAUCCUGUGUGAUGUUGUUCACCAGUUUUGAGGACUUGUGCUAUCUGAUAGUUAGCCAUCUUCAACAUCUUGGAUUUACAUUUGCAUGAACUGAAAAUAAAAUCUUAAUCCACAGUCCUGUCAGUAAUUUAGCGGGAUGAACUAUCAAAACUGUUGAAGCACAAAAAACAUUCAUUGUCAGACCAAAGGAAACAUGGAACUCCUCCUACAUUUGGCUUUAUGUGAAACAGUAAAUGGCUAAUAAAGAAAUGCAUCUUCAUCUCUAAUUACACCUCUCCAUGUUGAAAAAAUAUCUAGUGUCUGUCAGUGCGUCAUUUGCAGCUUGCGCAUCCAAGGUAAAUGGAACAUGGAACUACAGUGAAUGACCUGAUUAAUUCCUUUAAAAUGUUAAAAUGUCAUUAUAGAAUUUAUCUAAUGGUCAUAUUUCUGCUUCUUGAUUUUUAAAGCAUUAGAAAGAUGUACUACAUUUAUAAAAAGAUUAGGAGAUGCCACAUUUUGUUUCAAAUCACUUUGAUAUCAGGGACUAACAGCAUUGAGCUAUACUAAAUGAUCUCACUGAAACAUCAGUAAAAUGCAGUAUUUCAUACUUCAGUAUCUUCUUGUUAGUGCAUUGCCUUAUUAGUAAGAUUGUCUUUUUUUAAAUCUUUCUUGCCUUUCUAAUGUUUUCUUUAAAAAAUAGUUUUGUUUCCAUUUUGUAUCUGUUUUCUAUAGCGCAUCUGAAAUCCCUGAAAUCCCAUCAUGCAAAGGAAUAAAGCAGAUAUGUGAGUAGGGAGACUAGAAUAAUUAAGAAUUAACAUGAGCAGAUGAAUUCAACAUAUUUAACUGCACUUUUGGAUCUGUUUUUAUAAUAAAAUUUUAAUGGUGUUGGGAAAUGUCAACUUGUAAGGAAGGGCUGCUUUUUUCUUUCUUUUUUUUUUUUUUUUAAAGGAAAAACUAAACCUGGAACAUCUUUGGAGGUAGCAAUUGUAAUUUUCCUUAUUCAUAAACUUCUGGAGAGGCAUCCUGCAAAUCCAGGCAUUUGUGUCUGGCAUUUUGCUCUCUUAGUCUUCCACUAUGAAGCAAUAUCUCUGAAUGGUAUCUCCACUCUAGCUAUCUUGUACUGUGAAAUAGGAAGUUUUUCAUCUCCAAGCUUGGUAGUUGUCAAAAAAUUAUCACUGCAAUUUUUGUUUGAAACUUAAGUUUCUGAACACUACAGUAAGAUCCCAUGUCAAGUUGUUAGUACAUUAGUAUUAUGAAACACAUCUGAAAAUAAAUGCUACAUUUUGUGCUGA